UAGGGGUUGUUGAAAGCUUUAGUUUAGUUAGGAGAGUUAGGAUUCCAAGAACCUCGAGAACCAAGACCAGGAGAUUUUGUGGUGGGAGAGAUGAAAAAGAGAAUUCAAUGAAAGGGAUGCGAAAAAUAAUUUUUUUUAAGUCCACGCGGGCGCAGGACAAACUUGAUGAUAAGUAGAUAAUAAGCAUUAUGGAACGUAAAAAAUUGAAUUAAUGUUGUGAAUACCUGUAACGAGUCUUGUCUUUUACUUUGCCAAAUAAUAGACCAAAAAGAUUAAAAUAAUAAAAUUUAUUUUAAAAAAUUGAAAAUAAUAAUAUAAAUAUAUUAUGAGAUCUUAUGACGGUGAAAGCAGUUCAGGUGAUGAAGAUGAUCGUCGUGAUAUACUUGCGGAUAAUAAUUUAAAUCAAGGAACAUGGCGUGGUUCAACACAUCCACCAUGGGCAUGGGAACAUCGUCAUCAACUGCAAAGUCAAUCAAAUGCUGCUGCAUCAUUGGAAUCAAUAGCUGGAUACUCAGCACCACCACCAGCAUCAGCGGCGCAUCCAGCUCUAGCAGUACCUUCAACGGGUUACUCUGGGUCUGAUCAUUCACAAAAUCAUGGGCGACGAACUCCAUUGGGUACAGUAGGUCUUGGAGGAUUUUAUUUUCAACAACAGCCACAACCACAUACUUCUGCUAGUGCUUUGUCAUCUGAUGAAAAUCGCCCUGAUCAAGAAAGACCUACAGGAUCACGUUUAAAUUGUCCUCCAAAAUCUAAAAGUUCACGUCAAGGAAAAAGCGUCAGAUUAAAUAUAAAUGCUCGUGAGCGACGAAGAAUGCAUGAUUUAAAUGAUGCACUUGAUGAAUUACGUUCAGUUAUUCCUUACGCUCACAGCCCAUCCGUAAGAAAAUUAUCAAAAAUCGCAACAUUACUAUUGGCUAAAAAUUAUAUUCUCAUGCAAGGUAACGCAUUAGAAGAGUUGAGAAGAGUAAUAGCAGUACUUCAAUCGCCACAUGCACAUACAACGGCACUACCCCCUACACCAGUCUCAUAUGAUUUACUUCAAGGAUUUCCUGGUAAACUAUUUCAAGAUGUACCAGAAUUGCAAGGUCUUCAUGCAUUAAAUACAUCAGGAAUAAAUGCUGCUGGUCCACUAAGUAACAGAACAGUGUCUACUGCAGAUAUAAGUAUAACUGGGUCAGAGUCAACUUAAAAAUUAACGAACAAGUAUUUUUUUAUUUUUUAUUUCCAUAAUUCUAUUUAGGAAAAAAAAAAAAAAUAGAAAAUUAUAUUCAUUAUUUCAAUUAAUUAAUUGAAUAACAAUAAUGAACAAAGUCUGCUUGAAUAAAUUAAAUCAAAGUAUUGAAAGUACUACUCAUUAAGAUUUGAAAAAAAAAAUGAUUAUGAUAAAAUUUAAAUUAUCUCAAUAAUAAUUUUAAAUAAAGCAAUAAAUAAAUUAACUGUCGGAAAAAUUAUUGAGUUUUAAAAUAAUAAUAAUUACUGACAGUUAAUUAUAAAAGAAAACGAUAGUCAAUAUAGCAUGUGAUACGUGUCAAGAUUUUAAUAAUAAAAUCAUAUGCGUCAAUAAUUAAUUAUAAUUAUUAAUUAUUAUAAA